AUGGACGGACCGAAUGUGAAUUCCUUCCCGGCCGCCGCCGCCGCUCACGCGCUCGAGGCACCGGCGAUACAGCUCCCUGCCCAGCAGCUAAUAGUCCGCGUGUCCAAGAACCAGCGCCCAACGCUCAGUAUUAGCGCCGGAAAGCCGCCUCCGCCACGUGUCGAGAGCAUCGGAGACCGUGGAACAACCGCGACUUCUUCACCCAGCGGCGACCGCGAGUUUUUCCUCGACGAGUUCAACGCGGAAAAUGGCAACACGCUCGUGGACAGCAAUGAGAAAAUUGUUCAAGGUAAUGGGGGGAAAGCGAGAGCUUCUCCUCCAAGUUCAAGUCGCUUCGAGACGGUGAGAAUUGUACCGGAUCACUCGAGUUCGAAGGCGUGGGCAGCAGACGGACUGAUCAAGCUCAGCGCCACGGGAGGGGAGGGGGGAAGUUUAUCGGUGAAAGUUUCAAUGAGCAAGAAGCGCACGUUGCCAUUUGUGCCGACGAUGGAGAAGCAAGAACAAGAAGGAAGAGAAGAAGAAGAAGCAAAAAAUGAAGAAGAGGAUCCAGAGAAAUGGAGUCGGGACGAGUUCAUGGCGAGCACUCGGUCAGCGUCACAGCAAGCUUCAAUCGAGUUUGGGGUGCAGAUGGCGUGGGGUCUCAAGUUCGCUGCUGGUCGCGUGCACUCCAUGAUAAGGUGCAGCGAGCAGAUUCAUGCGACGUGCUCAGAGCUCGCCAAUGAGUUUCUAGCCGUCACAGCCGACAAUCAAGAUGCUGAACCGGCGCAGCUUCUCACCGAGACGGGUAGAGCUUGCUGCUCGCAUCCAGGAUGCUCGAAGCAAGCUCAAGCCAAGGGGAAAUGUAUCGCUCACGGCGGGGUCAGAGAAUGCACGUAUCCGGAUUGCACAGCGAUAUCUCGCUGGCGUGGUCGCUGCGCCGCUCAUGGUGGAAGAAAUACUUGCUCCGUGGAGAAUUGCGACAAGCUGGUGCGAUCUCACGGCAAAUGCGAGGAGCACGGAGGAGGCGGCAGCAAGAAGAACUGCUCGGUGCCAGGUUGUACGAAGCGGUAUCAAGCCCGAGGCCUGUGCACCACUCACGGAGGUUCUGUUAUGUGCAAGACGGAAGGUUGUGGCAAGAAAGCUCUCUCUAAAGGGUUGUGUCGAACCCACGGAGGUGGCACACUAUGCAAAAUUGAAGGCUGCGAGAAAAUCGGUAGUGUUCAAGGCUAUUGCCAUCGACAUGGUGCUGAGCACGGAGUGGUCAAGCGUAAGGGUACGUGCAAGGUCGAGGGGUGUCCGAAAUACAGGCUGAACGGUGGGUACUGCACGAAACACGCCAAGGAGAGGGGCAUCGCUGUGGGGCGCAAGUGUCAAACUGAGGGGUGCGAGAAAUCGGCGCAAGUCGGUGGGCACUGCAUCAGUCAUGGGGGUGGCGCUCGAUGCACUCAUCCUGAUUGCUCGAAGUUGGCGAUUUCAAAGGGUUUAUGCAGCACUCACGGCGGCCGGAUUACAUGUAAAGCAGAGGGCUGCGUGAAGUGGGGGCUGUCGAAGGGAGAUAUGAAGGGGUACUGCAUCGAGCAUGGAGGUGGCAAGCGUUGCAAGCACCCGGGCUGUAUAAAAAGCGUUCAAUUCAAGGGUCUCUGUUGCACCCAUGGCGGCUGGAGCACGUGCAAAGCCAAAGGAUGCAGCAAAAGAGCGAACACAAAAGGCUUCUGCUCAAGCCACCGAGAUAGUGAGACGGCAAAUUCAGUGGGUGACGAAGGUUUUUAG